UGGCCAUGCCCACUGCUGUAAAGAGAGAGGACAUAUAAACUUCUUGUAAAAACUCACAGCCACUGAUGUGUGCAGAUGGUGGUGACUGGUCCCAGUAUAGCCGCUUCCAGUACAGCGCUCCGCUAACAGUAUUGUAGGCAACAUGGUGGAUCAACUUGCACACACAGAGAUCAACAGCCAAAGGAUAUCGGCGGUGGAAACAUGUUUUGGUGCUGCAGGUCAGCCUCUCACUCUUUCCGGAAGAGUCCUUGUAGGGGAAGGGAUUUUGACCAAAGAAUGUCGGAAGAAACCUAAGCAAAGGGUCUUCUUUCUCUUCAGCGAUAUCCUCGUCUAUGGAACCAUCCUCAUAAAUAAAGUUAAAUACAGUUGCCAGCACAUCAUCCCCUUGGAAGAUGUGUCCACCGAGAAACUUCCUGACAGUGGAGACAUGAAGAAUCGGUGGAUGCUGAAGACCUCUAAGAAAUCUUUUGUGGUUUCUGCUGCCUCUUACACCGAACGGGAAGAAUGGAUCAGUCAUAUCAAGGAAUGUUCCAGUAGGCUCUUGGCAAAGACUGGAAGACGACCAUCCACUAAACACGCGGCACCUUGGAUACCGGACAAAGACACCGAAAUCUGCAUGAGGUGCACCAAAACAAAAUUCACGACUUUGACCCGUAGGCACCAUUGUCGCAACUGUGGAUUUGUCGUAUGUCAUGAUUGUUCUCAGGCCCGGUUCUUGAUCCCAUCUUUAUCUUCCAAGCCCUUAAGAGUCUGUACCCUGUGUCAUCGAAAGCUGAUGGCCGACAAAAAACUUGAGGAGGAUAAAAAGAGGCGAUAUGACGAGAUCCUAAGGAGGAUGCCACAAUAUGAACCUUCCAGUGAUGAAGACAGUGAUGAAGACAGGAACAAUGACUUCUACUCUUCUUCAUGGUCAGCGUUCCAUGCCUGAUUUUAUUUUAUUUUUUCAUAUUUUUUAUAAAAAGUUUUUAAUGGUCUACAAGACAGGAUUAAGAGACAUGCAUGUGUAACUUCGCAGGGAUGGCUUCCCAGAAUGAGUUGUGUUGGUGGGCACCUUGGAGACCUCUCAAAGAGUUUCAGGACUUCAAAGACAUUGAAGAUUUUCACAAACUCUCCUUGAUCAUGGUGUCAGUUCCACCAGUUUAUUGGAGAAACACUACCACACAGGGCAGAUCUCUGUGCACUGGUGUUUUAUGUCUGGUGGCCAAACUCAGGGAGGCUUGAGGAGAACUUGCGUCAAAGACUUGGCUAGCCAUUGUGUUCCAAAAACGUAUCUUUCUAAUAGAAAUGAUCCAAUAAAUGUUUCAUCUGGAUACAAUUGGGUCAAAAUAACCAAAAAUUCAAAGCUGUGGACCUGAGGUGUAUGGGGCUCAAAAAGCAAUUGGUGCAGUCAACCACUGUUUCUGCCCAAAGCAACAAAUUCUCUUUAGACAUUGCCAGUAGCCACUAUUAUAUUGGUUUGUAGACCCUAUGGUGGCAUAUACUGGCAGUCUAACCAGUCAACACUUGGAAAAUAUCCCAUAGACUUCGAUGACACUAAAAUAGAUUCUCUUAGGGUAUGUUCACACACAUGGAAUCUGAGGCUGACUCCAAGAGAAAAUAAAAAUCCACUGUGUGAACAUACCCUUAACAAAACGCCAUAAACUUGUAACAUGGUAAUCAGUGGACUCUAUAGAAGUUACUCAGUGAUAAUUCUGCAGUACUAGUACCAUAAACCAAGUCUAUAUCUAGAUACAAAUAUAGGAGAUGGGCCAUACCACUCACCCAUUCAAGAGGUAGCCCUGAGGUCUAGCUAGAUGCGGCCCAUGUAUCCCAGAUGGGUGGGGGGUGGGGUAUGGAGUGAACCAGCCUAGGAGGCCAUUUUGCAUUCUUCCCCUUAUGUCAGACAGAACCUGAAGCUCCUGGUACCUGAUGAAAAAUAGAUGGCAGCGACCCCCAACUGUCACUUGUCAUUUAUAGUACUAAUCUCCUACAUGGGACAGAGGUUCUGGGGCCAGUGGGGUGAGUGCACCCCCUGUAGCUAUGACCCUGCUGGUAACUUCUCAGCUCUUUAUUAGAUACAUUGACGACAUUUGCCGUGUUUGUGACAUUUUGUAGCGUCUAGCUUAAGGCCUCAUGCACACAACCGUAUGUAUUUU